AUGGUCAUAUUUUCCAAAAUCCUGCUGCUGGCAGCUUGUUCAACAUGUGUUGUUGGUGGGCCGGUCCCAAGGAACCACCAGAGGCGCCAGUUUACUGGAUACUUCAACACUUCCUCAAUAAUUUCUUCAACGUCUGAAAAGGUAGUCGCACAACUAGACACUGCUCUAGUAGUAGAACCUAUUCAGCCAACAGUAUUCACAUCGAUAGCGCCGGGUAUCACGUUUGUGAAUCCUGAUGGCGAGCCACUGGCGACACAAGAUCCAGAAACUGUCCUAUCGACAUCUUUCAUCACACCUACACAAAAGCCGACAACAGAGAAGUCAUACAGUGUGAUACCCACGUCCACCACUACGCCGGGCCUGAAACAAGCACCAGUCGAGAGCAGUCCAACACCCACUCUCUCUUCCGAUGCCUUAUCAGCACUGUCAAGCUCUGUCAAGGCUGCUGAAAACAGUACAGCU